UCGAAGGAAGCUUUCCUGCUUCAAUAAUGGCGACGAUCACCGCUACUCCAAAGUCUUCCCUUGCUGAUGAGCCCCUGAAAAUCAGUGUGACCGGUCUGGAGCCCUCCCAGCUCGUGACCAUCCAGGCUUCACUGACCGAUGAGAGGGGGGUGCUCUUCCAAGCCAGAGCUUUUUACUGGACAGACAAGAAUGGCCAAGUGGAUCUCAUGAGAGACGCUGCCCAAGGAGGGGAUUAUUCCGGUGUGCAGCCGAUGGGCCUUCUCUUGUUCUUGAAGCCAGAUAAGCCCUUUUCGAGGCUGAUGAAACGAGAUGUGAUUAACACCCCCUACGAGGUCCGCCUGGAUGUGUUUGAUUCAUUUCAGAUGGUUUCCCUGCCUCAUGAGCAGUCCCUGGCCAGCCAGACGGUGGAGAGGUGGUACGCAGCUCCCGGUGUGCAGAGGAUCCUGGUCAGGCAUGGAAAAGUCCGUGGAGCUCUCUUUCUUCCCGCAGGACAAGGUCCGUUCCCUGGUGUAAUUGACAUUUUUGGUGGUGUUGGUGGUCUGACUGAAUUUCGGGCCAGUCUUCUUGCCAGCCGUGGUUUUGCAACUUUGGCUCUAGCCUACUUCGGUUAUGAAGAUCUUCCCUGUUGCCUGGGCCCAAUGGAUCUGGGAUAUUUUGAGGAGGCUGCCAAUUUUCUCCUGAACCAUCCCAAGGUUCGUGGGCCAAGACUUGGAAUAGUGGGUAUAUGCAAAGGGGCAGAGAUUGCAUUGGCCAUGGCGACAUACUUGCCACAGAUUGGAGCUACAGUUUGCAUCAAUGGGACCCAUGCUGUCCAUGGAUAUGUUCUCUAUUACCGAGACUUCUGCAUCCAACCAAUCCCAUACAAACACGAACGUAUGCUAAUAACUCACCAGGGAGUUGUUGAUUUGUCUAACAUUUUUGAAGACCCACGAGCCAAGUUGCAUCAAGAUAGUGUCUUACCUGUGGAAAAAGCCCAAGGAAAGAUCCUCUUAAUUGUAGGAGAAAGUGACAGGAACUACAACAGCAAGGCUUUUGCCACAGAAAUCAUGGAGAGGAUGAAGAAGUUUGGGAAAACCCACUGUGCCCUUCUUUCCUAUCCAAAUGCUGGGCACCUGAUAGAACCUCCAGCCUCGCCAUUCUGUAAUGAGUCCUGGUUACCUUUUGUCUCCCGCCCUGUUUUGUGGGGAGGGGAUGCCGAAGCCCAUGUUGCAGCGCAAGUCCAUUCUUGGAGAGAGAUCCAGAAAUUUCUCCAUCUCCACCUUGGUCCAACUCAAUCCAGUAGCCUUUGAAACCUACACCUUAUAACUUAAGCAGACCCUUCAUCAAUGUGAUUCUAAACCAAUAAUUGAUCAAUUAUGUUACGAGCAGAUGUCUGAAGUGCAGAGAUGGUUGAACACUGCAAAGGAAUGGAAGGUUAGCAGUUAACGGGAUUUCUAUGCAUACUUCUAAAUAUCCGGUGUGAGGGAGGGGGCUAAGCAACAGGUGUUGGUGGUCAUCGGCAUGCCCUACUUCAGGGGGCCAGGCUAAACAUUGCAAGCAGAUGUAUGUGGCACAACUGUGGUCACUUUUUAAAAUAAAUUUGAAACCAACUUUAGGAAGGGUGAUCCAGAAUGGAAAAUAAUUGAGUGGGGAAAGGCUAAAACAGUUUCCCCAAUCUUGAUGAGACUACAAGCAUUUUCUGGAUGUUUUAAAGAGGCGCAGUGGGCAGUGCUGCCACCAAAUGAACACCACGGGGGCAUUCACAAAUGGUUGUCAUCGGAAGUUGGGACCCAGUUACAAAACGUUGGGAAGCUGCAAGCCAAGCUUUUCCCUACCAUGGAGGCAGCUGUUUUUUGAAUUGCUGUUCCUUUGCAGAAACCUAAGUGAUGCCUCCUGGAUUCUUUUGAAGCACCAGGGAGGUGGAGAGAAGCUAAGAGUGGCUUUUUGUUUGGGGGAAGAAAGAAGUAGGUGCCAAGGAACCCACUGGUGGGCACAUUGGCACUCACUGGCACCAUUUUGGAGUUCACUGGGAUAAAGUAUAUAUUUCUGCCUCCCACCCCCAUUGUUGCUAUCUUUUCAAAAAAGGCUGCCUAGAUCAUGUGGACAUUUAGAUGGAUGUCUGAACAUUGUUGCUAUAGCACUUUAUUUUCAGACUACCCUCUGUUAGGCUUAUUGAUUUGGUUUUGCAGCCAGUGUGGUAUAGUGGUGAAGAGUGGCAGACUCUAAUCUGGAGGCAGCUGUUUUUGAGGCUGUUCCUUUGCAUUCACCUAAGUGGUGCCUCCUGGAUUCUUUCAAAGCACCAGGGAUCUGUAGGGAAGCUAGGAGUGGUUUUUUAUUUGGGGGAAGAGAUGCUUUGCUGAAGAUAAAAACAAGAAAACAGUCGAUGGGCACGUUGGCACUCUUAGGCAUCAUAAGAACAUAAGAGAAGCCAUGUUGGAUCAGCCAAUUGCCCAUCCAGUCCAACACUGUGUCACACAGUGGCCAAAAAAACCAAGUGCCAUCAAGAGGUCCACCAGUGGGGCUAGAAGCCCUUGCACUGUGCCUCCCCAAACACAAGAAUACAGAGCAUCACUGCCUCGGACAGAGAGUUCCAACAAUAAGCUGUAGCUAAUAGCUCCAUAUGAUUAUCCAUUCCCCUCUUGAAGCUGUCUAUGCUUGUAGCCACCACCACCUCCUGUAGCAGUGAAUUCCACAUGUUAAUCACCCUUUGGGUGAAGUACUUUCUUUUAUCAGUUCUAACCCAACUGCUCAGUAGUUUUCAUUGAAUGCCCACGAGUUCUUGUAUUGUGAGAAAGGGAGAAAAGUACUUCUUUCUCUACCUUCUCUAUUCCAUGUAUAAUCUUGUAAACCUCUAUCAUGUCACCCCGCAGUUGAUGUUUCUCCAAGUUAGAGCCCCAAGCGUUUUAACUUUUCUUCAUAGGGAAAGUGUUCCAACCCUUUAAUCAUUCUAGUCGCCCUUUUCUGCAUUUUUUCCAAUGCUAUAAUAUCCUUUUUGAGGUGCGGUGACCAGAAUUGUACACUAUUCCAAAUGAGACCGCACCAUCGAUUUAUACAGGGGCAUUAUGAUACUGGCUGAUUUGUUUUCAAUUCCCUUCCUAAUAAUUCCCAGCAUGGUGUUGGCCUUUUUUAUUGCAAUCACACUGUCUUGACAUUUUCAAUGAAUUACCUAUUAUGACCCCAAGAUCUCUCUUUUGGUCAGUCUCUGCCAGUUCACACCCCAUCAACUUGUAUUUAUAGUUUGGAUUUUUGGCCCCAAUGUGCAUUACUUUGCACUUGGCCACAUUGAACCUCAUCUGCCAUGUUGAUGCCCACUCACCCAGCCUCAACAGAUCCCUUUGGAGUGCCUCACAAACCUCUCUGGUUCUCACCACCCUGAACAAUUUAGUGUCAUGUUGGACUUCACUGGCAUAAAAUACACCUUUCUGCCUCCCACCCCCUUUGUGAUUUGUUAUCUUUUCCAAAAAAGCAGCCUGGGUCAUGUGCACAUUAAAUGGAUAUCUGCAAAUUGCUGCAAUAGCACCUUAUUUUCAGAUUUCCUUCUGUUGUGCUUAUCAGUUUGGCUUUGCAGACAGUGUGGUGUAGUGGUUAAAAGCAGUGAACUCUAAUGUGGAGAACCGGGUUUGAUUUUCCACUCUUCCACAUGAAGCCAGCUGGGUGACCUUAGGUCAGUCACAGUUCUCUCAGAACUUUCUCAGCCCCACCUACUUGACAAGGUGCCUGUUGUGGGGAGAGGAAGGAAAGAUGAUUGUAAACUGCUUUGAGACUCCUUAAGGUGAAGUCAGGAAUUCUUCCAGGGACACAUAUUUACCAGAUAUGAAAGGGACAUCUAAAAGGAUGAGGUUAUCUGCUCUGUGCAGAGUCUAACUAGGCUGUUCUGAAUGUUCAAGGAAUAAUUGAGUUGCAUAGUAUACAGAGCACCAGGCUUGGACUGUAAAGAUUUAAUUCCAAUCCCAGUUGGCCUGAAAGCUCAGUGUGAGCACAUGGUUGUCUUUCAGCCUUGCAGUGUGGAUACAGCAGAAAGUUUCAUGUGUGCUGACCUAUGUUUCCUGUAGAAAAAAAGGUGGGAUACAAAAGUACAUAAUAGCUUGAAAACCAUCUUAACAGUAACUGAGGCUUGGACUGGGCAAUUGUCAAUAAUGUGUGUCCUUAAAAGUAAGUGCUCCAGUCCUUCAAGGGAGAGAAACAGUUUAUAUGCUUGAAUUGGGGCUCUGCAUUUGCUAGAUGUUGAUGUGAUCUGCCCUGCAACAGGCAUUUUGAUGUGAGGAAUCCAGUACAAUUCUCAUCGACACUCCCCAGUGUGAAUGUGGCAUGUACUGCCAUUCCCAUAGCGAGGUGGAGAAUCUGCACCCCUAACCUUGUGUUUCAGAAUGAUGCGUGUGGUUCAUUGCACAUGGGAGGAUUAAGGAUGAGACUCCACCAAAUGAUUGGAAUUGAUUUCACACAGUGAACUUUGAUCAACUUUAAAAAAUGAGAAUGGGAGAAUCCAUGCAUAUGGAGGAAAAAGAAUUUAAAGGAUCGUGUUCAUGAUUCAGGUCUUCAGCCUUUGUUUCCAGCAUUCUUGGGGCUAAAAAGCGGAAGAUGCAGAACAGAAAAGGUUUGACAUAUAUAAUGAUGCUGGGAAAGAGUGAAGCCAAGUAUGAUUGCUAAGAGUCCCAGGUUAAAGUGAAUGUCCCCAAAUAGAUAUGUAUUUCCCUAGUUAUAGAAUAUACACAAAUGAGUGAUGAAUGUCACAUUUAAGGGAGAUUGUGACCAUUCACACAAAAAUGUGACUGGGAUUGUCAACAGCUUUAUGGUGGGCUAGUUGCGGGAAUGAAAUGAAAUGAUUUUGUAUAUGUUUCUUUGCUUACUCUAAGAAGCUCUUUAAGGAAGGGUAGAAUAAAACAGUGAUAAAUAAAA